AUGGUCAUUGUUCUGGCUCCAUAUCCCUUCCAUGUGUACCAGAAAAAGGACACGGAGAAGUUCCUGUUGGACUUGGCUGUGCUUGUCGCAGCUCUGCCCAUCAACACCAACAAAACUCUCUUCAAGGCUUUCACAAACACCUUUACGGGCGAGGACGCCAUCAGCACCAUACUUUCGCUGCCAGCUCUUGGCCUCAAGAGCAAGGAUGCCGCUGUUGAACGCAUGGAUGCGUAUUUGGAAGCCCGUCUGCUCAUCAAUGUCGAAAAGCCCUUCGAGGACACCUUUCGCUCGAAAUACAUCUACGCCGUCUCGUACAAGGGCGAGGAAAUCCUCAAGGACGUCAAAAUGGGGAAGCUCACCCAUGAAUCUCUCGAGUCGUCGCACCUGCACGGCUUUACCAUCCAGUCUAAGCUGGCCUACAUCGACCGGACGGCGAGCGGCAAAAUUAGCCUGGGCUUCAACAUGGCCGAGGUGCUCUUCAAGCGCUUCUGCGGCAAAGAGCCCAACAUCACCGAGAAGAGCGAGCGCACCGGACCCAUCUACCCCGGUGAGAGCCCCAGUAAGACUCCGAGCUCGGUCAAUCUCGGCGACAUAGACGGCGUCGCCAGCGCCAUCCAGCUCAAGAACCGCUCCCAUCUGCGAGAAAAGAUCCCCAUGUCCUUCAGUGGCCACCAGGCCGUGACGUGGUUCUUGGAUUCCACUUCCAUCCUCACUCGCGCCGAGGGAAUCGUCAUUGGCUCGCACUAUCUGUCGCUGGGCUGGAUUCAGUCGGCCGGGGACUCGGGCGAGAAGACCCUUGUGGAUUCAAAGCAUGCCCUCUAUCAGUUUACUCCUGUUGCCAUGGGGCUCGCCGGAUGGCCGGUUUCCUUUGUCGAGGAGGCCAUGCGGCAGAUGGAUAAGCAAGGGCUCCGCAAGAGAGGAUUGGCCCGAGGCGCCGACGAGCCUCCUCCUGGCACCAGUCUCAUUUCCAAGGACAACCUCGAAAAGUUUGAGCGCAUCCUGCGCAAGUCCCAAGAGAUGCUCGACGGCGACUCGACUCGAGAUUCAACGGCUUCCUCCGUCGUGGCUGCCUCGACUCGAGUCUCGACGGCCGUCAGCCAUAAGCCAAGCGUCAAGCGAGUCUCUGGCCUCGGAGCCGACUUUGAUGAAAUGAUGGCCGGACCACCCACCGAGGAAUCCGGCGUCCGACCAUCAAUUGCAAAUAACAACGCUUCCACGACCCGACACCGGGCCCACACCUCAUCCGAGGCCAAGCCGUCUACUGCUGCCGGUGGCCGGGCUGAAUCGUCCCGAGUCAGUACUGUCCUCUCGCCGACUGCACAGAAGGCCAAGACCGGUCCGCUGGCCGAGCAGUUUGCCAAGGAAUCCAAUUCCAAUCGGCUCACCACCAUCAUCGAGAACCAGGAUCUUGCCGAUGCCUUCCAAAAGUUCCUGUGUUCGACCUUUUGCGAGGAGAACUUUUUGUUCUGGGUGGAUGCUGACCGAUUCAGAAAGAUGUAUGGUGCACCCCUGGCUGGAGCCGAUCCAUCAGUGCCCGUCAAGCCCCAAGAUAUCAUCCUGAACCACCACAAGCUCAAGGAAAUCAGCCACGUUUACCUCAUACCUCACGCCCUUGCCCUCUACCAGAAGUACAUUGCCCGCGAUUCGCCCUUUGAGGUCAACAUCGGAUCCAACCUGCGCCGACAGAUCUGUGCCAUCAUCGAGAGCCUCGGUGACUCGCUCAAGCUCAUCGACAUCAACACGCUGAAGCAGCCCACGCCCGUCGACCCGAUGGAGGUGAUUCUGGCCCCACACACCCCAAGCGACUUUCCCGCGACUACCGACGGAUUCUCGGCCACCAUGUUCGACGGCAUCCAGACCCACCUGUUCCGUCUCAUGUCGACCGACUCGACCCCAAAGUUCACCAAGACAGAGAUCUAUCAAGAGCUGUUCUGGUCGUAUGUCUCACAGGGUCUGAUCGCCCCGAGGGUCGCUGCUCCGAAUCUGACCAUCGAGCGGCGCCGCUCGAGCACCAUCCAGACGCGACCCAUCAGCCAAAUAGUACAGCCGACACAAGCCCCUGUUCUGAAGGAGGAAUCCGAAACCUACGAGAUGGCUGUGCCCAUCGCAGGUUCGAGAAAAACCAGUCUCAAGAUCUCCGAUCCCGAUCUCCGACCCAAGAACAGCACGAAAAAGGCGUCCGGGUCCGGCGAGGAGAAUGGCCAUCGUCGACGGAGCAGCAUUGCAAACAUCAACGAAGCCGUCCAGAAGUCCGGUGCCUUGUGAGCCGUGGCGAUGUGCUCUGGUCC